AUGAUCAUGAACCUGACGGUGUUCGGCUCGGGGUUCAUUGACGGGCAAGGAGAGUCGUUCUGGGAUAAAGGGGGCGACCGACCGGUGCUGGUGUACGUUUACAUGUGCAACGACACGAGCAUUAGCGGCAUCACCCUUCAGAAUGCACCAUUUUUCCACCUGCAAGUUACUCGCUGCGUGGGAGUGAGGAUAUUUGACUUCAAGACAAAUACCCCUGCAGAGAGCAGAAACACGGACGGGAUUCAUGUAUCCGUGUCAACAAAUGUUGAUAUACGUGACUGCAUCCUGGCGGGUGGUGAUGACAACAUUGUUCUAUGGGACGGCACGAGAGGAGUCAGCAUCUCAAACAUUACCGCCUUCAGCGGACAUGGAAUAUCAAUUGGAGCACUUGGCAGUGGCAAGAUAUCGCCACUCUCCUGCGUUUCAGACGUGACAGUGAAGUCCGUCCGUUUUUUCAACACGAAGAUAGGCCUACGCAUCAAGACUUUCCAAGGCGGAACUGGUGCAGCGACUAACAUUGCGUACGAGGACAUCACAAUGGAGGGCGUUCGGUACCCACUGGUUCUGGAUCAGGUGAGUGAACGCCAUGUUUGA